AUGGCAGAAAGAAGGACAAGAGGACAUCGGAGAACCGAGAUGAGACAGGUUGAAAAUGAGCAAGAUAAGCUCACCACGUUCUCCAAACGUAGAUUUGGUAUCUACAAAAAAGCAAGCGAGCUUGUAACCCUUUGUGGUUUGGAGGUGGGAGUAGCAAUAUUCUCUCCUACUGGAAGACCCUAUUCUUUUGCUCAUCCAUCUAUCGACUCAAUCGCAAAUCGAUUCCUCAACCAAAAUGAUCCGCAAAUUGAUGGUGCCGACACCUUGGUCGAGUCCUAUCGCCGACUCCGGAUGAAUGAGCUCAAUCAACAACACGAUGAGCUCGUUAAUCAAGUCAAAGCUGACAAGGCACUAGGUAAAAGGCUAAAGCGAAGGACUGAAGAGCGGGACAGUGAGGGAUGGUGGGAAGCUCCAAUCGAACAGCUCAACUUGGAAGAGCUAGAGCAAAUGAAGGCACGCAUGUUGGAGCUUCGGGGGAAUUUGCGGAGUUCAAUCCCUCUACGGAAUCAAGGGGAGAGUUCAAAUCAGAGAAACGAUCCAUCAGCAACCAUUGCAAAUGAGGACACUACUCCCAGUCAUGACAUAAUAGACAAAUAUGACUAA